CUCGCUCCAACCUCAACCUCGGCCUCGGCCCAACCUCAACCUCAAUCGGCUCUUCCUGUCCAUCGCCACACGCUCUGCCCAGACCUCUAGAUCCAAUGUCGCAUCUGGCUUCAGCACUGCAAUGGGGCUCGCGGGGCGUACUUGCUUCCGGCCCUGCCCGAUCCGCUGCGAUGGUCCUGAUGCGUGGAUUCUCUGCCUCCAUCGCGAUCUCAACGUCGACACUGAGAAUCAAGCAUGCCGUGCCCUCCAAGCCCAUCCAGGCUGCCGAUGCAGCUGAAACGUCCGAGGUGCCCUCGAACUUGAGGCACAGACUUGAUAAGCCUGAGCUGAAGCGCCAUAGAGCCGAGCGAAUGGAGCGCAAGACUCACAAGAAGCCCACCAAGCACGCUCUGGUCAAGUCGGAUAUUACCGAGACAGAGGCCCGUCCACACGAGACCAGGAGGUUGGAGGUGACCCUCGAUGAGCACCAUGCUCGCCUCGACCACUUUCUGACCAACCAUUUGGGCCUCCGGAAGAAUGUCGUUCGUCUCAAGAUCCUCAAUGAAGAGGUCAAGGUCGUUGGCUCGACGCAUGCCCGCUUCAUGGAGAUCAAGCCUGAUGCCAAACUGCAUGCUGGCGACCGAGUCGAGGUACUCAUGCCGUUGACGCGCAAGCAACGAGCCAAGAAAAUGACGGCAAAGGAGAAGCAGGACUUUCAAAAGAUCUUGGACGACAAAGUCGAGAAGCUGAAGGAAUCCAUUCUGUUCAAGGAUGAGCACGUCCUGGUGAUCAACAAGCCUGACGAUCUCCCCGUACAAGGCGGCUCCAAGACCGGCAUCAACCUGACCAUGCUUCUAGAGGGUCUGCGCAUGGAUGCAGAGGAGGCUCCUCGCCUUGUGCACCGCCUCGACAAGAAUACCACUGGAGCAUUUGUGCUCGCCCGAACCAAGCUCGCCGCGACUCGGCUGAUCAGGAUGUUUGAGAUGGAUGAUGCUGUCGAAAAGACGUAUUGGGCCAUCACGGUCAGCGCACCGAAAGCGAACGACGACGAGCACGGCGCCUCCGGAUCUAUCACGACGGGAAUCGUUACUGUGGGCGAUCCCCCGAAUGAGAAGCAAAAGACCAUUGAAUGGCACGAAACCGAGUCCGAGCCCACGCCGCUGCCCUCUGGUAUCAUGCCACAAAAGGCGGUCACGGAAUGGAAGGUGCUUGCGUCCUACAAAAGCGGACCUACCUGGAUCGAACUGAAGCCCAAGACCGGAAGAAAGCAUCAGCUUCGCGUCCACUGCGCCAGUAUAUUGAACGCACACAUUCUCGGCGACUACAAGUACGGUGCGGGUUGCCCCACUUCGCUUGCGGGCAUGUUCAAGAAAAAGUCCACACCCAUGCAUCUCCAUCUCCGAAGAUUGGUGAUCAAGAGUUGGUUUGGAGUUGGUGCAGAUCUCGAGGUGACUGCAAAGCCUGUUGAUCAUUUCCGCCAAACGCUAGAGCGACUUGGACAGCCAACGACAUCGCUGUGAUGUCCCCACCACACACACGCCCGACCCACUCUGCUGCGAUGGUCGACUGGAAGCGAAGUCGAGACGCAAGGAUGUGUAUCGACCUGUGGAAAUACACCCUCUCAUGAUGGGUAAACGGCUCUCUGCGAAAGCGGCUCGCACACUGUGACCAUGUUCCUGGUUGCAGCACGGCGAUCGAUCGAUUGUGAUGGUAUCGGGGCUGGUCAGACUGCCGAGGGCCCUUCUCCGGGAACUCCACUCCCAUUCUCUGCUUUGCUUAUUCGGCCGGG